AUGUCGUCGUCGUCGCCGCCGCCGCCCGACGACGACGACGGGGCGCAGGACGUGGGCGCCGACGCGGACGGCGGCGAUGGGAGGUCGCUGGGCUACGGCGAGGCGGAGUACUGGGACGCGCGGUACGUGGAGGAGGGCGGCGCGCCGUACGACUGGUACCAGCGCUACGACGCGCUCCGCCCCUUCGUCCACCGCUUCGCGCCGCCGGCGUCCCGGAUCCUCAUGGUCGGCUGCGGCUCCGCGCUCAUGUCGGAGGAUAUGGUCAAUGACGGCUAUGUGGAGAUAGUGAACAUUGACAUCUCUUCGGUUGUGAUUGAGAUGAUGAGAAAGAAAUACUUCAAUGUUCCGCAGCUGCAAUACUUGCGCAUGGAUGUUAGAGAUAUGAGUAUGUUUCCUGACGAGUCGUUUGAUUGUGCAAUUGAUAAAGGUACUCUGGACUCGUUGAUGUGUGGUGUGGAUGCUCCUCUCAGUGCAGCUCAGAUGAUUCUGGAAGUGGACAGGCUUCUUAAACCAGGAGGAGUCUUCAUUUUGAUAACAUAUGGUGAUCCAUCGGUACGAGUGCCUCAUUUGAAUCAAUCAGCAUGCGACUGGGAAAUUGUACUUUACAUUCUACCAAGACCUGGAUUCACUGAAGAGAUAAGGAGGCGUGUAUUGGAUCCUGUUCCACUGACAGAGAGGGGUAGACUCCCUGAUGGAUUUGUUCCAGAGGAUCCUGACUCCCAUUAUGUCUAUGUCUGCAAAAAGAUGCAAGGAUUAACAGGGACAGGUUCCCCAACUGUAAACCACAUAGAGAGUCAAGGGGAUGAAUGA